AUGUUCCCCAACGUCCUGCGCUUCAUCGCAGGCCCGUCGCGCAUGUGCUCGACGCACGCGCGCGCCCUCGUGCGCCCCUCCGCCGGCGUGGCGCGCACCGCUGCCGCCGCGCCCAGCGCCGCCCUGUCGUUUGCCGCUGCCCCGCGCGGCGCGGCCGUCGGCGCCUCGUCCCAGGCCCUCCGCAUGCUGGGCCAGGUGCGCGGCAUGAAGGUCCGUUCGAGCGUCAAGAAGUUUUGUGAUGGCUGUUCGGUCGUUAGGCGCAAGGGAAGGAUCUAUAUCGUCUGCUCCAAGGACCCCAAGCACAAGCAGCGCCAGGGUUAG